AUGGCACGACGUCUAGAAAAGUGGUCUCGCAUAGAGGUGCGAGCCGUAAUUCGAUUCUUAUGGGCAAAGAAUGUGGCCGCAUCUGAAAUUCACAGACAAAUCGUUGAGGUAUACGGGGACAAAGCAAUGAGUAGACAACAGUUAGUGAAAUGGUGUCGUUCUUAUCAAGCGGGCAGGGAGCAUGUGGAAAACCGCAAUAUGGAAGCGAGCAGCCGUCCAAGUUCUUCAAGGACGGAUAUCAGCACAGCACGUGUUGAAGAAAUCAACCAAAGGGAUCGACGAGUAACCGUGCGUGAGACUGCCUCAGAGUUAGACCUGAGUUAUGGUAACGUUCAGCGCAUCGCAACCGACGAGUUGCGAUAUUCCAAAGUUUGUGCCUGCUGGGUUCCUCGUGCGUUGUCCGUUUAG